CAGACGGAGUGGCUUAUCUCAGUCGGCUCCCGGCAUUCCCAGAGCGAGCACGUGUCGCUCGAAAUAACGCGGUCUCAGUUAUGCUGUGAUAGUUGAACGCGAUACAGUGAUACAUAAGAUUCCCGCUCUUUAUUUGCGUAAACGAAACGACGGUGUCCCAUCAAGAUGCCGCUACAAAUCAGACGAAGUGGUUGUACUUCAUUUCUUCGAGAGAAUCUUUUAACCAUCCUAACUGUGAUUGGAGUUGCCUCCGGAACGCUACUCGGAUGGAGCCUCAGGGCAUCUGGCAUUGAAUGGUCGCGACGUGAUGUCAUGUACUUCCAGUAUCCAGGUGAACUGUUCCUCAGGAUGCUGAAGUGUUUGAUAGUGCCAUUGUUAGUUUCUUCGAUUGUUUCUGCGAUCGGUUCACUAGAUCUCAGUCUAUCUGGCAAGGUUGGUCUCCGAGCCAUCAUCUAUUACAUGACGACGACAGUAUGUGCAGUAAUGCUCGGUAUAGCUCUAGUCACUACAAUCAAACCUGGUCGAGGCUCUGAUGCUUAUACUCAGCCCAAUGUUACCAAGAAACUCAUCACGAAGGACACGCUCACAUCGGACACUCUAUUGGAUCUAAUAAGAAACGUAUUUCCGGAGAAUAUAGCUCAGGCAACAAUCGCGUCAUACCGGACGCGGCUGGCUUAUGAUCAGAAUGACACUAAAGCCAUCAAAGGUCACCUGGAAACUUAUAAAAUAGAAGGUGACUACCAAAGCGGCAGCAACGUGUUGGGGCUGGUAUGCUUCAGCAUUGUUUUGGGUAUCACACUAGGCAAAAUGGGGGAACAGAGUCGGCCGUUACAAAAUUUCUUUCACGCCUUGUCAGAAGCUAUGAUGAUCAUCACUGGAUGGGUUAUUUGGUUAUCACCACUCGGUGUAUUCUUCCUCGUGACAGCAAAAAUCAUGGAGAUAGAAUCAUUUUCGGAAUUAGUUGGACGGUUGGGUCUGUACUUCAUGACAGUGCUUUUGGGCCUUUUCCUCCAUGGCUUUGGUACUUUAAGCAUUUUGUUUAUCCUGGCUACUAAGAAACUCCCGUGCCGCUACAUUGCUAAGAUGGGACAGGUUAUGGCAACUGCUUUUGGUACUGCUUCGAGUUCAGCAACAAUGCCCAUCACGAUCGGAUGCUGUGACGACAUGGGUCUGGACCCACGCAUCACUCGCUUCGUGAUCCCCAUCGGCGCUACUAUCAACAUGGACGGGACCGCGCUGUAUGAAGCCGUGGCUGCCAUAUUUAUCGCUCAACUUAGGAAAGUUGAUAUGUCUUUUGGCAAAAUUGUAGCUGUCAGUGUAACAGCCACAGCAGCUAGUAUAGGCGCGGCGGGCAUCCCACAAGCGGGGCUGGUUACCAUGGUGAUGGUGCUGGACACCGUCAAUCUGCCAGCUGAGGACGUUUCCAUCAUUCUCGCAGUCGACUGGUUACUUGAUCGAUUCCGUACUACAAUUAAUGUUGUUUGUGAUGCACUUGGCGCCAUCAUAGUUACGUCUCUAUCACAAGGUGACAUCGACAAGUCGCGCGCACUACAGAACGACAGAGAACUUGCGCCUGCGCAUGAACUAACCGAGCUAGAAAAGGGUGAGCAUUGAACGAUCUCGUUCAGCGGGCUCGCCGUCUAUUUGAUUUAGAGCUCUACUCAGUAUAAAGUCUCGCUCCAUAAUUCAAAAUGUAUUAAAACCUCAUUUCACAAUAUAAAUUGAUUUAUUCAAGAACAGUUGAAUAUAAUUUCAAAAUUUUGUCUAUAUAAUUGAUCAGUGUGACUUAGUUUAGUUCGCCUGUGGACUAAAAAUUGAUACCUUUGUUGCAUUUUAAUUUUAAAGUAUAAUAAAUUAAAGAAAUAGAUUUAGACGCUUAAUUGACAAUAACGAUUGCGAGAGCGAGACAGAGUACUUCGUGUAUCUGUGUAGCGCUCUGUAUGAGGUUAGCGUCAAGCGUUAUAACGGUUAAGCGUUCUGUGUUCAAUAACGAUAACGUUAUUCUGUAUUAGGACAAUAACGUAUAAGUAGUGUGAAUUAUUUUUGUUGUGAUUAUUAAUUUAUUACGUUGCGUUGUUUGUUAGAUACAGGUUUUAUCAUCUGGACAAGGCUGGAUUAAAUAUAUAACAAAGAGGCAAUAUUAGUGUCAACAUCUCAUCUCAUUUUAAAUGUUAAUUAUUAACCACAAUAAAUAAAUUAUUCAUAAGUGUUUUCACAUAAAAAAUAACGCAUUAAACAAUAAAAUAUAUAUUGUAUAGAGAUCGUGCAGAUAUUGUGAAUCGUGUAUCAUUGAGACCCCUGAGCGAAGCGGGGCCUAUUGAUAAUUUAUUAACAUUUGCUUUUAUAUUAAUUCAGCCUUCACCUGGGUUAUGAUUUAUAUAAGUAAAUAUAUGUUAAAUCAAAUAAUGAUAUCUUUGUUAUGUGAAGUCAUUUAUUAAAUAUUUAAAAGUAUCUUCGUUAUUACAAUAAUUUAAGUAACAAUAAUAAUAUUUGAUGUGUAUUAUAAAUGUUGUCAAAAAUAUUUGUUUUGUUUAAAUAUAUCAAUAUUUCUAUUGUAUUUAUCUAUCAUUUUAAUCUAUAUAAGUAUUAAAUGGAUUUAAAAAUACAUCAGUGUGUUCGUAAUGUGCCAAAUAAAAAUAUUUUAAAGCACUAAGCAGCUAUAUUGAUAGUACUUAAAACGAUUUCAUGAUUUCUCAAAAACAUUUAACUUGUAAACAGCAUUUGAAUACCUUUUGAGACGUCGUGAAACCGGUUUUGAGACCAACUUUAUAUUUCCUAUUGAAUAUUAAAAAUAUAUAUGUAAAUCAUAUACAUCAACAAAGCUCUAUACUAUUUUCCUACAUAUAUAUGAUAAUUGAUCGUACUUUGAAUAAAAAUUACAGAUUUUCUCAAAAGAGAAGCUGUAUUUUAGCAGACCUUUACACUUUAAUGUAUUAAAAUGAAUGGUUAAAGCGUUUUAAAUUAAGCGAUAAAUUUGACACUGUUUUAUUCGUCGUUUUUCGUUAUGCAACAUUAUAAAAUUUCAAAAUGUAACCUUACAUAUAGAAACGAUGGAAUCAACUUAGACCCUUAAAAUGUUACUCAUUAUAUUCAGAGAAAUUUUACUUUAAAAACUUGAAACCUCUGUAGCCGAGAUCUGUUCAUCUAUUUUUGUAUGAAUGUAUUAGUAUAUCCUUUAUAUGUGUGUAUGUCUGUAGUGGUGUUAUAUCUGUAUUAUUAAAUGUGCCAUAAUACAAGUUCGUGUGAAAUAGUCUCUCUAGUGUUCCGUCAUUACGCCGUUGCAUUCCAGUUAUUAACUUAUUGUGGAAUCCAAUAACACUUAGUGUUUUUUUUUUUUUGUUAAAUUUUAUUGUUAUAUUUUAUUUUAUGAUCGUUGAGAACGAUUUAAAAAUGAAAAAUUUGUAUGGAAUACAAAAUUAAUCACGUUAUUUGUUAUUUUUUAAAUAAAAA